CGUGAGUGAUACCAACGCGAAUCGUUCGUCCUGCCGCGCCGUAGCGGUAGCGAGGCCAGACUAGGCUAGUAGCCCGCUAGGCCAGCGACAGGUGAAGUCACACUUGGGGCCCACACGACUUAAAAUUUGCAUAAUAAUAGUUUACCAAGCGAAGUCAAUCGAAAAAACAGGAUGAUGAGCUCAAUUGAAACUGAGAAAAUGGCACAAGCACUACCUGUAAGCUCACAAUCAGACGAUGGAUCUACUAAAAGUAAAACCGAAGAAUGGCAUCCAUUCGACUUGAUCAACGAAAGGAAUGGAAAACGACUCUCCCUCUUUCUUGUUGUGCUACUCGUCUGCUUCCAUACUGCUCGGCAUCAAUUAUUGCCCUAUGAUUCUUGCCAAGCUCUUUUACAAGAUGGCCACUACCAUGGUCCAGGUGCCUGGCAACCCGAUGGAUGUACCAUGCAUCACUACUCACUCAAAGAUACGCUUUCGUGCUUUCAAGAUAAACGGGUCAUCAUCGUUGGAGAUUCACGGAUGAGGCAGCUGUAUUUUUCACUUGUGAAAAAAUUGACUAUCCAACAUAUUGAAGAGGGGAAAAUACAUUCUGAUAUUACACAUCAUGAAAAGGAUAGAAAUACAGAUAUAGAAUUUUGGUGGCAACCUGAGUUGAAUGAUUCUACCAUAGAAGUCUAUAAGAAAAGAAUAUUGGAUGAAGAGAGAAAGCCAGCAUUUGUUAUUCAUGGGCUAGGAACAUGGACCAUCAAACUAAACCAUGGAUCAUCAGAAGCUCUGCAACAAUUCCAAACAAACCUCACAAAAUUUGCUCCGGUCAUUGCCGAAACAGCCCGACAAACACAAGUCAUAUGGAUGUUACAAGCACCUGUUCAAGAAGAACUGCUAACACCAGGGAGGAAUAUGAUUACAAAUGAGCGAUUACAACUCUACAAUGAUGCUGCAGAAAAACAACUAAGUGAGACGGGCAUUGUCUUUUGGAAGAGUGCAGGUCUAGCCUCAUCCCAAUCUUAUGAGAAUACAAUAGAUGGACUACACGUAUCAAAUGAAGCCAUUCAAACGGAUGUACAAAUUCUCUUCAACCGAUUCUGCAAUGCAGUAGUAGACCCAUCAGAUGCCACCUGUUGCGCUAAACCGUCUCCUGACAUGACCUGGAUACAGAAAGGAACAUUCGCCUUUUUUGUAGCAAACGUCUUUCUUGCCAUAUUCUUCAAAAUCCAGUCCCAAAGGAGGACCACAUCCUCCAACAGUAAUCAUGUUGAUGCUGAAGCAGCCAAUCAUGUCACAGCUAAUCAUGUGACGGCCAAUAACGUCACAGCCAAUCAUGUUGCUACGAAUCAUUCAAAUACCAAGGAGGAGCCACAUUGGGUGGAUACUGCGUAUCGAUGCACGAGUUGCCUAGCUAGAUAUGGUUUGGUCAUGGCCUAUGUCUACCUUUGUGAUAGGACGGACUUGUUUCCUAAGAGGCAGAAGUAUUACUCCAGCUUUUACUUUUUCUUUUCGCUGUUCAUGGGUUUUGUCAUAUCACUCUUUUUACAUGCCAAUACAAAGAAGCCAACCAUCUUAAAUCUAGACCAGACCAAAGAAUGGAAAGGCUGGAUGCAGUUAUUGAUCUUGAUCUAUCACUACUUAGGUGCCAGUAAGGUAGUGCCUAUUUAUAUGCACCUUCGCUUGAUUGUGGCAUCGUAUCUUUUCAUGACGGCGUAUGGUCAGUUCUGUGCCUCCUGGGAUAAAAACAAAUUUGGUCUAGCAAGAGUCUGUAAUGUGAUGUUCCGCAUGAACCUGAUGGUGUUCUUCCUAUGUCUGGUGAUGGACAGACAGUAUCAGCUCUAUUACUUUGUCCCUCUUGUCAGCUUCUGGUUUCUUAUCAUCUAUGCAACCAUGGCCAUCUUUCCAAGAGUUACAAGACAAAAAGCAGAAGAGAGCUCAAGAUGCUAUCUCUACAUGCUAGCCAAACUUGUGAUUCUGGUCGUCAUCAUCACAUGCUUAUCAUUCUCACAGGUAACUUUUAAUCUGAUGUUUGAAUGGUGGCCUAUGAAUCAACUCUUCUGCUACCCAGGAACAUCUAUCUAUGAAUGGUGGUUUAGAUGGAAUCUGGAUAAAUAUAUUAUUCCAUACGGCAUGUUCUUUGGAUUCAUCCUACUUUCAUCCAAAUCUUCUAAAUGGUUGGAUGAUAGUCAUAGUGGGGACCUUUUCUCACUGGUCAAAACUAUUCUUGUAUACAUCAUAGCAGCAGCUGUCUUACUUAUGUACAGCUACCAUUUAUACCAGUGUGAAAGCAAGCCUACUUGUAAUGCUGUUCAUAGUUAUACCAGCUUUAUACCUGUCACUGCCUUCGUUAUUCUUAGAAACACCAGUGGAUUCUUGCGGAGCAGAUUUAGUGUGUUUGCUGCUUGGUUUGGUGAUAUAUCUCUUGAGCUUUUUAUCUCACAGUAUCAUGUGUGGCUGGCCCAGGAUACUAAAACCCUCCUUGUUCUGUUACCGGGCUUCCCGACCCUGAACCUUAUCGUCACCACCUUCAUCUUCGUCUGCGUCGCUGUGGAGAUCAAGGAUAUCACCGGAGCUCUCACAUCCAUCGCAAUCCCCAACGAACCCAAGAAACUCUACCUCCGUCUGGCUCUCUUCUCCAUCCUUCUUGCCUUUCUUCUCAUCUAUACAACUUUUUAUCAUUAGAUUAGGGGAAGUGUUACCUCGAUGUGAACAGAGAUGAGGUGUAGUUGUGUAAUCACCAAUCAAUUGAUUAUCUUGUGCCUGCCAAUAUUCUAUUGCUUUAAAUUUUAUUACCAAAACAUAGAAUAAAAUUUAUAUCAUAUUUGUAACAAAUAGAAUCAUUGAUUUAUGUGUAAAAGAGGUUUUAUAUUAUAUUCUUGUGAAAUUUUGAAAGUGCUUUCAACAUAUGUUCAGGAAUGAUGUUAUAGUUGUUUUUGAAGGUAAGGUAAAUCUGACUAGAUAUGGAUAUAUCAUUAGCAGAAUUUUGUAUGUGCACAGUGCUUUCAUUCCUGCCGAGGUCAAUAUAGGAUCAACAGGCUCCUACUUGUUGCAUAUAUACAAGAUACUGACAUAUCUUUUUAUAAUUCUGUGCAGCUGUUGGUUUUAAACCUUUUUUUUACAUCAAGUAUACAAGUUUUGUUUUUCUGAUUUUAGUUAUGUUUGAUACCAACAUUUCUUAGAGUUAAACAAGCUCUUAUGUAUUUAUGAUUUUUUAUGAUGUCACAGCUUUGGUACUCUAUAGUGAAAAAUAUAGAGUGGGCCUAGUUCUGCUUGAGGGUGCAGUGCAAGGACACAUUGGUUGCACUUGAAGUAAACAGUGACAUACCGGUAUGUGCAAUACUCCUAAACUGGUAAGUUUCCCUACAAAGAGAAAUAAAUUUGAUUGCUAUUUUUUGUAACAAUUUCUUUUUUGAGAGUUGACAGUUGAGGGGAUGCUGUAUUAAAAACAAAUAAUGACUGAUUAUUUUUCAGGUUACUCAGUGAUCUCGAAACUGCACGUUGCCCCUCAAAGCAGUCAAUAUUUGUAUAAUGUUGCUCAUGAUGAUUAUGAAUAUGUAUGUUGAAGAUUGUUGGAAUUAUUUGGCAAUACAUAUCUGACGAUGUGACAGAAAAAUCACAUUUACUUUCAUUAUAGAUAAGACCUUGACCUCU